AGGUAGUCCUCGACAAGCACUCGUGAAUGACACGUAGAGUCGGCCUGCAGGCGAGAUAGUGAAGCGGUGGAGCCGAGUGCAGUGUAUCAGUGGUGUGAGGGGACACUAGGCGCGGAGUGUCGCAGAUUUAACAUGUAUGAGGAGGAGCUGCUGUACCUCCGGAGCCGCGGCAUGGCCCCCGCCGGCCCGCUAGGCCUCCAUCCGUACCUGGGCGGCGGCCUGCCAGCCAACCUGACGGACCACCUCGAAAAGUACCGACUGGGCUUCCACGGCGGCCUUCCCCCCCAGUCCCCCUUUGCCCACGGCCUCUCCGCCGACUACUUGAAGCCUCCGGUCCACUGCGGAGGAUUCCCUGCGCCGGGGCUGCCGGGGGGCAAGCCCGACCCUCGCAUCAAGGUGCGGCUGGAGAAUGAAAACCUGUGGAACCAGUUUAACAAAUUUGGCACCGAGAUGAUCAUCACCAAGCUUGGCCGGCGAAUGUUCCCGACGGUGAAGAUGUCGGUGAGCGGCCUGGAGCCCAACACCAAGUACUUCGUGCUGAUGGACAUCGUGCCCGCCGACGACUCGCGCUACAAGUUCCAAGGCAAGGAGUGGGUGGUGGCGGGCAAGGCUGAACCACACAUGCCGGGCCGCCUCUACAUCCACCCGGACUCCCCCGCGUCAGGGGCGCAAUGGAUGCGUCACCCCAUCAGCUUCCAGAAGCUGAAGCUGACCAACAACAACCUGGACCAGCAGGGACACAUCAUCCUCAACUCCAUGCACAAGUACCAGCCCAGGAUACACAUCGCCGCCGCGCCGGACAUCGUGUCGCUGCACUGGGCCAUCUUCAACACCUUCACCUUCCCCCAGACGUCCUUCACGGCCGUCACCGCCUACCAGAACGAGCGUAUCACGCAGCUCAAGAUCGACAACAACCCCUUUGCUAAAGGCUUCCGGGAGAACGGCCAGCUGCGCUCCAAGAAGCGGUCAGGCGGCACCUCGCCCUCCAGCAGCGAGAUCACCACGUCGCCGGAGAAGACGCCAGACGCUGACGAUGCGACCCUGGACAAGCGGGCGCGGCUCAACAGCGUGGACAGCGGAGACCUGGACGCUUCGGACAUCGACGAGCGCCCCGCCUCCUCCAUGUCCGUGGAGAAGGACGAGAAGGUGGACGUGGAGAGUCCACCUACGCCCCCGCCGCCCUUCCUGCCGCCGCCCCCGCAGAUUAUAAAGACUGAGGGGGAGGACACCGCGCCCUCUCUGGUGUCGCCUCUCGUGUCCGCAGCCUCCAUGAUGGCCGCCACGCCGUCAGACUCCAGAAAAACCCACACUGACUCGCCGCUGCCACCCGAGCCGCGGCCACACGACGUCAGCAUGCUGUCCCCUGCCGUGCCGCGCCCCUGCCUGCCCUCGCCCACCUACUCCACGGGCCUGCCCGGCGGCCUGCCCCCCAGCAUGCCCGGCGGCUCGCUGCCCUACCCGUACCUCUACUACAGCCACAUGAUGUCGCCCUACCUGCUGAGCCGCGCCCCCGGCCUGCCCGCGCCGCCCCUCGACAAGGACGCGGGGGCCGCCAGGGACCUGUACGGCUACCCCACCUACCUGAGGCCGCACGCGCCGCACCCCUCCUCGCUCUCCAGCACGCCCUCGCGGCCGGCGCCCAUCCAUCCCUACAGUUAUGCCUUGCCGCCCCAGGUGCCCGCCAACCUGUGAGGGCCGGAAAGGCGCCACGCGGGCCGCCCAAGUCACGCCUCGCCUCAUCCCGGCCCGCGGCGCCCCCUCAUCACCGUCCACACGCCAUCGUCAUCGUCAGCUCACCGCCAGGCCGCAAGUUUUCUCGUCUGUGUCGUCCUCGUCUCGUCGUCGUCGUCGCCAUCGCGGCGUCAUGCCGGCCCAGCCCCGCUAGGCCCCGCAUGUGCCCUCGCCCUGCAUCACACAGGUGCCAAAGAGUUUUUUUCUUGUAUAAUUUCGUAGUUAUUUAUUUUUUUAAUCCACGUUGAAUGGUGCUUUAUGUAGAUACCGUAAUGCGUGUACAGCGUUUGUUGGUGGAGAAGACGGGUACCUCAGGAGGCGAGUGUAGCUCCUCCCUCGAUGUUUGUAAUAAAGUUAACACGUAAAACAAAA